AUGUCCAAAGGAAAUCGCCUGUUGGCCUUCUUGUGCCUUGUUCUUCUCUUCCACGUUGCUGCAUCCCGCGUCUUGGACUUGGAGCCUCGACAGCAGGAUGGACCGCAGGAUGCCUCGCCAUCACUUUCACCCUCACCCACACAGCGAGCUUCCCAGACCGGUGAGGUAGCCCCCACUACGACCAAUGGGUCCAGUGACGACGAAGAGACUGGCUCGGCGUCACCAAGAGGCUCAGCCACCAGUACCUCGGAUAAUGCAUCGGUAGCCCCGACGCCCUCUGGCCUCUCCGAAGACGACAGUAACAUUGAUCUCUUCAACGGUAACCUGGGUACUGCCGUUCUGAUCGUCUACGUGAUGGAGCCUCCCAUCAGUAGUGGCAUCCAAGGUGCCUAUGUUGUUGCUGUGGCCUUGACCGGUCUCAUCCUUGGUGGCGUAACAACAUUUUUCAAAGAGGUCACUGAGGGCCUUGGUUGCAUGCUCGGCGGUUUCUGCCUCAGCAUGUGGCUGCUUUGCCUAAGGCCUGGUGGACUUUUCCACGCAUCGUCGUCAAAGAUUGUCUUCAUCGCCUGCCUCACCCUGGGCAGUUUCGCCUUCUACUUUAGCCGCUACACCCGCGACUACGCCCUCAUUGUAUGCAUCGCCUUCAGUGGCGCUACUGUAGCUGUCCUCGGUAUCGACUGUUUCAGCCGGGCCGGUCUUAAGGAGUUCUGGGCUUACAUCUGGGAUCUCAACGACAACAUUUUCCCACUCGGCGCGACCACCUACCCUAUGACAAGAGGAAUUCGGGUAGAAAUAGCCGCUAUUAUUCUCAUCUUCCUUGCGGGCAUCAUCUCUCAGAUGAAGCUCUGGAGAAUCAUCAAAGAACGCCGUGCUGAGAGGGCCGCCAAACGAGCCGAAGGCCAGCGCAACCUGGAAGCCGAAGAAGCCAAUGUUGGCCGGCAGAUCGAGGCUGAGAAUGCACGUGAACGGCGCGAGUGGGAGAGAGCGUACGGCAAUGGCGAGGGACAAAGCACAGCAGGGUCCUCCGACUCGGCCACAGACUGCGAGAAGCACCCUGAAAAGGCAGUCGACGGUAAGUCCAGCAGAGCGCAGUCGACGGUUCAAGUACAAGCUAUCGAGAUGGACGACAUGAAAUCUACGGGAUCUGCUGAAGCUCCCACCCAAAAAGCGCCCGGCGGUAUCAUGGUCUCGCCCGAGGAGAACGACGGCAUCGUCACCGUCAGGGUAGCACGAGACGACGACACUCUACCGGCUGCCAUAGGCGAGGGAGGUGAAGAUCUGGACGAGAAGCGCCCGCCUCCCCAGGACCAGGGUGUGCAAAACAUUCAGCCAGGAGCUCAUAUCGCUGGUUAUUCAUCUGCAGAGCCCACAGCCCCUGCACCGAAUGUCGUUCCUCUGCCAUUCAAGGUUCCCAACGAAGGUGAAAAGGGGCUGAAACAAGAUGAUGACCGGUCAUCGGUGGCCACUUUUGCCGCUGACGAGGUAGAAGAUGCUCGGGAUGUCAACAAACGGCACUCGAUGGCGAAGCGUCUCUCACAAAGCUCUAUUCAACUGCUCAGGAGAGUUUCACACCGUACAGCCCGUUCUAUUCAGCACGAACCUAGUCACAGCCAAGAAGAACUUGUCAUUCCCAGGGCGCCCCGAGGCGAUGACGAUGGAUCGGUGGCUGCCACUAUGGAUAUCGCGAGCCUUGAUGGUGACGAUCGCUCAGUGGCGGGAGAGAGUCACCGUAGCUUCGAGAUCAAUGCCGAACUCGCGGACAAGGACAAGACGGAUCCGACGAGUGGAAACCAGAAGACACCGACCGCCGCUCAGCAGCCAGACGUCGCCUCCACACUCGCCGACAAGCACAUCUCCACCGCGGAGACUGUUGCGACAGACAUUUUGAACGCAACGGAUAUGGAAGGGGGCGGCAAAAACGAGGGCACGGGUCCGACUGCACCAGCGAAUCGCUUGAGUAUGGCAACUGCCGUAGAAGCAGCACAAGAGGAAGAGACAUUGGCCGCGCGCUCCAUACAAGAAUCGCCUAAGGCUUCAGUCAAGGGCAAGUCGGUGGCCUCAGUGGAGUCUACGCCAGCCAGCCUGACGCAGGAGCGCCUCCCCAUUGCGUUGUCACGCGUCGCCAUGUCAUACCGGACGAACGAAUGGGCGAAGCAUCUGAGCCAUGCCGACAUGCCGGAGCCGGACACCCUGCAGCUCAACGAUUACGCCGCUGAGGAGAUCAUCGCCAACCCAAAGAACGAGGUCGCAAGGCCUCUGAACGUCGAGGAGUUGCAGCAAACAGCAAACACUGGAGCACCCGCGCCCAACCCACCUCCUCAGUUCGACCCUCAAUCGUUGACUGCUUUGACCCGUGCCGACUCGCGUCAGUCCAGCAAGAGCCCUGUAGUGCCCAGCGGUGCUCGCGACACCAUGAUGACGUCGACAACUGCGGCCUCGGGUGUAUCUGGCCUGUACAAACAUUCGAAUCAAUCUGGCCCGUUGAAUCAUCAAGCCUCGGUGACGGGUAUCAGACGAUCAUCAACGAAUCUCCAUAUACAACCCAUUACCGAGGAGGCCCAGGACGUGCAGGCAAAGCGGCGAAACAGCUCUGGCGCAGACUCGUUUGUGCCAUCGUCGCCCGUGGCAGCGUUUGUGGCGGACCGGCCGCCUGUCCCUGGCGUGGUAAGCUACUCGAGCCCUCAAACCUUGCUAGGACAGCGAGAGAUGUUCCUUCGUAACAAGUCGAACCCAUCCCUGCCCAGCAUGAUGACUAUGCCCGACGUGCAGGGCGCGGCACGCACGCCGAGCGAGUCGGGCUCUCUGUACAACUACCCGGCCUACGCCUCUCAACCCUUGCCUCGGGCUCGGGACAACGACGACAUGCCCAUGGCGCAGCGCAAGGAGCUCAUGCGCCAGAGUGGGCUUCUGCGGUCCUCGGGAUCCUAUGGAUCGCUGCCGCCAGGUGCCGUCACGUACACGCCGCCGCCAGCAGCAUCAGCUGAAUCCCUGGCAUUCGACUCGCACCAGCCCCAGAGGUAUUCGACUCUGCCGUCCGAGGCGGCUCGGAACUCGCAACUGGCCAACUUCCGGCAAUCAGUUCAGCAGGAUCUUCGUGCAGGCACCCCGCUUGGUGGGCAAGGCAGCGGUCGUGAGACGCCAUUCCACAGCGCGCAGGCAACAGGCGCUGGCGGUAAUGACCUGAAACGGAGCCUCGAUGUGCAGCGCAGCCUGUUGUUGAGCCAGAAGGAGGCCGAGGCGCAGAGGCGGGAGAUGGAGCGCUGGGAGAAAGAGAGGGGCGACCGGGCGUUUGCUGCGAGGAUGCAGAGCGGAGACCUCAUGGAAGCGCAUCGUGAUAUCAUGCGACGCAUGCAGAGCAAGGCAAAUGUGAAGGAUGAGUGAAGCGACAGGAACUCAUGACGACAUACUUUCAGUAAUAUCUUUGGUGUUUCUCAUUUUGUAUACUUAGAUACCACGGCAGGAAAUGCAUCUCGGUGUUGGGAUCUGGAGAACGGGGUAUUGGCCCCUACUAGUC